AUGGUGAUGGUCGCUGUCAAAGCAUUCCCCAUGAACAUACAAUCCCUAUUCGGCGGUCAGAACGGUCAGAACGCACCCGUCAUAGUAGACAUCAUCAUGGAUCAACAACCAUGCAAGUCUUUCAAAGAUGGAAUGCCGAUAAAAGGAUCGAUAAUAGUACAUUCAGCGGCCAAGAAUCGGAUCAAUGUAACGGGGAUUAAUAUUGAGUUAAUAGGAAAGCUGGAAGUGAGUUCAUGCAAGAAUCCCCUGAGUAUUAACUUCUGCUACGUUAACAAGUCCUUACCAAUUAUCGAUUCCAACAACUACCCGUUCACAUUCAAAAGUCCAGAGUUGCCUUACAAUACAUACAACGGUGUUCGCGCAAAAGUCCGUUACUACCUCAAGUGUACAGUUACUAAAGACUCCACACCUAUAUAUAAAGAAUUAGACAUCCUCGUCUUAAACACGGCCCAAGGCCCUCCCAUCCCCGUCAGGCCUCUCAACAUUGACGUGGGCAUAGAAGAUUGCCUCCAUAUCGAUGUCAGACUUGACAGGAAUGCCAUCAAUCUUAACGGGCAAAUUCUGGGUCAUGUCCAUUUCUUGGUUGUAAAGUUAGUUGUAAAGCAUAUGGAAAUCAAUAUUCUUAGAACCGAGAUCGUCGGGGGCAUCCUGAGUGAUCAAUCGUCCGCGGAAGGACAGCUUACACAUGAAACCACCCCAGUUUUCCGGUACGAACUCAUGGAUGGAACUCCGGGUAAAGGAGAAAUCGUACCCAUCAGGAUGAAUUUAAGGAACGUCCCUGUUGGACCCACGGAAAUAAAUGUCGCUAAUAAUUUCUCGGUCAGAUAUUUCCUCAGUGUUGUCAUUGUUGACGAAAGCGAUCGGAGGUACUUCAAGAAACAAGAGGUAUGGUUCUACAGGUCAGAACAAACUCCGGAAGUGACUGAGACUGCAUUCGAGAUACCGGAAGGAUGCCUCCAUUGUGAUCCGUAG